ACCUAGCUCGAAUUUCAAAGCCAACAUUGAACCACCCCGAACUGGCUGAAGAGAACAACAACGUACUCGAAUUAUAGCUACAUGCAAGUUCAUCACAAACAGAUCAACAAAAUGUCGUCAACUGAAAAUGAAUCAAAAGAAAUUUGGAACAACUUAGAAUUUCGGAUAUCCCCUUCAAAGUUUGUAAAAAUGUUUACCAUUGACAAAUGUACUUAUGAAGACAAGAUAAUGCAAGAAAUUCUGAAUUUAAUUUGUGCUUUGCGUAAUUCCGGUGGUGGUAGGCUAACCAUCUUCCUCUUGGGAACUUUAUUCGAGUCAGAUGUCAAAAAAUGCUCCGAUAUUAUUACAAAUGCGAUAAAUGAAACGCUGUCUGGUACAGGAAAGGAAGAUUUCUUAUCGUAUAAUUUGUCCAACAAAAUUGCAUUCCUUGUAAACGGCAGCAAAGAAAUCAUCACAGUGAAAUAUAACAUGUACAUCAUUGGCGAAGACGGUGAUGCAAAACUCAUGCCAUCCAAAAAAUCUGCGAAGGAGGUUAGAUCCUAUUUAUUCAAUCCUAAUCAAACUCCAGUGUCACAGGUAACAAAAAGAAAAUAUCAAGAUAGUGAGCUUAACGAGAUUAUUAGACGUCAAAAACUACCGAUCAAUUGCAAGCACUCGAAAGAAAACGUUAUGUUUCGGUAUUUGGAAAAAAAAUUUAGCGAUCGUCCAGCCAGCGUGGAGUCUCGUAUAACACUGGAGAAAAACAAACUACUUCAGUGCGUGUCCGCUCUUGCGAAUUAUCGUGGCGGAGAAUUGUACUACUGUGGUGUUGAUUCAAGAGGAUAUGCUUUGGGAGAAAAAAUUCCAGAUAAGGAAGACGUUGAGAAAGAAGUCGAAAAGGCUAUCGGAUCCAUGACAUGGCCGAAACAUGUUAAUGAUAAAAGCAAGUUUUGGAAUAUUCAGUUUGUAAGGGUAGAUGAGGAAAUCGAAAAGGUUGGAAAAAUUGAUGCUCAUGAGGAACUUUAUGUUAUAAAGAUAAAUGUCAGCCCGUGCCAUGACGGAGUAUUCAUUAAAGAUCCAGAGAGCUACCAUGUCGUUGAAAACAGAGCAGAAAAGAUAUCGUUUCUAGAUUGGCUCAAAUGUUUACAGAAUUCAAAAACGAUGAUAUCAGAAGAUAGGCCUAUGAGUGAUUUCGCAAAAGACACUGAAUUUCUAUUGGAGCGAAUUUUUUUGCAACCUGGCUAUGAAAACUUCCUGAGAAGGUUAGAAUGGGUGCGCAACGUCCGAGUUGUUGAUCAAAAUGAAGAAUGCGACAAACGUCAUUUGGAGAUUGUGUGCGAAUAUCGCAAAGUACCUCGUAUCGCUGACAUUGUGAAAUAUUUUGGUCAAAGCAUUCUUCCUUUUAUCACCUAUCGGGAAUGCUCAAAACGUGAAUGGUUUGAGUCAAAUAUUUUUAAUGAAUAUUCUGACCUGUGUGAUAAGUACGAGAACGAAUUAUCAAGUUUACCCUGGGUGAAAGAGUACUACAUUGAUGUCGCGAACGAACCUGAAAAAUCUUGGCAAAUCUACAUCAUCUGCGAAAAGAACAAAAUACCAUCCAUGAAGGACCUGAAAAAGUUGUUUGGUGUCAACAUUGCCUCAUUUGUUGAUUUUUGUCAGGAAAACGUCGAUGAAAAUAGUGAAACCAACGAGGAAUCUCUUUUACAAUCGUUUUCUCGCGAACCCAUUUCAAGCGAUGAGCAACUCGUGCAAGAAGAAGAAGAACAAGAAGAAGAAGAAGAAGAACAAGAAGAAGAACAAGAACAAGAAGAACAAGAAGAACAAGAAGAGUAUGAUUCACUUGGUAUGUUUUGAGCUUCGGAUAAACUAUAAACCCUACUCAAC